CGAUGGUUCGAUGAUUGACUUAUUACUGUUGUCUCAGUCUUCUAUCGAUUGGCUUGGUCUGCGCGUGGAGUCUUGUGGUUGAUCAUGGCGGCUACUCAAGCCACAAAUCCGUCACAGUUGCUCCCAUUGGAGCUUGUCGACAAAUGUAUCGGCUCUCGGAUUCACAUUGUCAUGAAAACUGACAAAGAAAUUGUCGGCACACUCCUGGGUUUCGAUGACUUCGUCAAUAUGGUCCUGGAGGAUGUGACAGAAUUUGAAAUCACACCAGAGGGAAGAAGGAUAACAAAACUGGACCAGAUCCUGCUAAAUGGCAAUAACAUCACUAUGCUCAUACCUGGAGGAGAAGGACCAGAAGUAUGACGUGUUUUGUUGUCGUUGAUGUGGAUAAAAAUGCCUUUCCUUUCUCAGUUGAUCCUGUUAUUAUUGCUGUUUUUGUUCCUCCCUUGUGAUGUUCAGGGGUUAAAAUGUUUUUGUAAGAUUCUGAAUUUGAUUUAAAAUGGAAAAGAGGAAAACAUAGACAUUAAAAAAAAGCUGUUUUUGUUAAGAAUAAACACACACUUUGGAAAAAUA